AAAUUAUAGGAGUACAUCUAGGUCAUCAAGGUCAGUAAUGUUGUCGGUCCUUCACAACCCACUUAUAUCUAAGACUGCAUAAAGUAUUUGUUCUGACUAGUUCUCGUCUAUGUAAUUAUUUACCGUACAAGUUAAAAAAUAUUAUCUUCAUUUCUUGCAAACUAUGUGAUUUUUGAAAUUGCUUCUAUGGCACUUUAGUGGAUUCAGACACCGUUCAUGAACAGUAAAACUGCAAACAGCCUUAUGCACACCAAAUGAUUGGCAUAAACCAAACAAACAGUUUUUAUUCCUGAAAACGUGUAUCUAUAUGAAUUUGUAGGAUAUGAUAUAUUCGCGAGUUGUAGCUUGCAACUAAGUAUAUGAUAAUAUGUUUAGCACCUCAAUUUCAUAAUGUACUUAUUUUGUUUUCAGUUCUAAAUUGACGGCGUUAGCUUGUUUAUGCGUAUAUGUACGCAUAACUAUCUUAAUGAUAGUUAAUCAUUUAUAUACAGGGAUUUCUUAAAUAGUUCGUCUUUUUUUACAUAACUUGUUCAUCUAAUGUUUCCAGAAAUGUGAUAAGAACAUUUUUGUAGUAACACGAAAUUCUAAAUUAACUUUUCGUCUGUUUUCAGACAGUCCUCGUAAUUUUAGUUACACAGAUUCCUAACAAGUCUCGAAAUAUCUCAUUAUGUUUUAGUUAGUGUUGUUUUUUUGUGAUCUUAUAAACACUACUUGAUAUAUGAAAAGUACACCCUAUGCUCGGUUUUCGUCUGAUUGCAUUCCUAAUAUUUUAUGCUUCGGUUUAUUGCGAGAAUUUUAAUGAAGAACUUCUCAUCAAAGAUCUUGGUCAUGGAUAUACAGCAUUCCAUUUCAAUUUUGCCGCUACAACUUCAGAGUCUGUUUUCCAUUCAAAGCACUAUAACAUUCUUCCGAAACCCAUCAUUCAAAUCCUAAAAAAAUAUGAUGUGGACGAAUUCCACCUUUCUAUCUCAAGAGGGAUAUGGGAUGAACGUUGGGGUAGUAACUUUAUUUCAGUUUCUCCUUCUGGAGCUGAACUAUGGGCAUGGUUUGGAAGUCAAACUACCAGGUAAUCCUUAUACUUAGUUCAACGUUUAGUGUUGAUCAAUCAUGGUUUAAAUUAACACAUGCUCUUUCGGGAUUAUUCUGUGCUUCUUUAAACCGACUAUCUACAAAUGAACAUUUUGCCUCUCCGAUCCACUCUUACAAGCCAUCUGGAGUACCGAAAUUCAGUAGAGUUUCUAAAGAGGUCAGAUAUUCUCAGCUACCUGGUGAGGCUUUAUGCAGUGAGAAUUUGACUCCAUGGACCAAGUACUUACCAUGUAAAUCAUUUUCCGGUUUGGGAAGCUUGUUGCGUUCAACUUCACUGUUUAAGUCAAAUUACAACACCAUGACUAUUGGAGUUAGACGAGUGUGUUUGGAUUUAGAAUGUCACGAAAUCGGGCUAGAGCUGAUGGAAACCCUGACGGUUGUCUUUGACAGAAGUUUGUUGUUUGCGAAAAGAACAUCUCCUUGGUCUAUCAGAAGUAUCCUUGGUUCGGAAUUCAAAGGAUUUUGCGAUGCAGCAAAUACUAGUCGCGUGUUCAUCCUUGCUUCAUAUGAAGAUAUGAAUAUCCCUUUAGAUAAUAAACUGAAAGUCGACUGUUUGGAUAAUCGUAUUCUAGCUGCGUAUUCGACAAAAGAUCUAUCUACACAAUUCAUAUCUUUUCCUUUCAAAACUAGUGGGAAAAAGUCCUCUCCAGAGCAUUUACCUCUUGUUUCAGCUACCAAACAUAUCACUGGUUCUGGAAGUGUAAGGGGUGGAGUCAAAGUUUUCCUGACUAGUAGAGCUGAUUUCAACUUAAAGAUAGUUUAUUUUGAUCUAAUUCCGUGGUACACACAAGUUUUUUUCAGUUCCUUAAAAAUCUACGGUUUGGAUCCCAAAACACAAAACAAAACAGAGAUUACCCCAAACUGGUUGGCAGUUAAACCAAGCUUGGCUAGGAAACGUAUGGGCAGUAUUGAAUUAGUAAUCACUUUGCCUGCUCUUAAUCAGCUAAUCAUUACUUAUGAGUUUCGGAAAGUUUUACAACGCUGGAAUGAAUUUCCUCCUGACGCCAAUCAUGGCUUUUUCGUUCCUGCAGCAACUGUUUCGUAUGUUUUAAACAGCGAACAAAUAUAUUAUUUAAACAAAACAAAACAUACAGCAUUCCACAAUCUGAAUCUCCCGAAUUGGGCCAGUAGUUACAAUCAGUUUUUCAAUACAACUCAUUCUGCACCUCAGGAUGAUUUUGUUCGUCUACACACUCCUGUAUCUCUGGUCACAAUGCCAACACCAGAUUUCAGUAUGCCAUUUAAUGUUUUGUGUUUGGUUUGUUCAGUCGUUGCUGUUGUGUUUGGAUCCGUUCACAAGGCUACGACUACUGUUUUCAACGUUACUCUUAAAAAAAAUGCCAGCGACUCAAUAAUAACACAUCUAAUAAACCGCAUCUUAACUAAGAAAAAUACUUCAAAGACAAUGAGUGAACAGAAUAUAUCAACGAGUGCUCCAAGCAAUCACGAUAAAAAUGACUGAUUUCGUUAAAAAUAAUAAUCAUAUGUUUAAGCAUCAGAACCGUGAUACACAUAUUUUGUAUUUGACGUCGUUUUUGUAAUAAAAUCAUGGAAACUAAAAUACCCACCUUUUAUAACCUUCUUUACAAAGAGCAAUCUACACAAAAAUGAAACCGUUAUACUAAAUAUGUAACCCAUCAAUGUAUUUAAGAACAGGAUUGCUUCACCGAACUAAAAUUUUUAUUUUAAUAUUUACAUGUAUAUAGGUCGAUACUAAGAGACAGAUAUUUCAAUUUCAAGGGAUCAAAGUACAAAUAUAUACAUCAGGUACGAUUAUAUUAACGUAAUUUAUUUUAGUGAACUCUUCCCUGGGUUAUGGUCACUAUACCUGGAAGUGUGCAGAAGCCUUGUCUGAUUUUCUGGUGAAGUAUCCUGAGGUAGUCAGAGGGCUUCGAGUUCUCGAAGUUAGGUUUUGUUCAAUAACACUGAUAUAUUAUAGCUCGGUGCUGGCACAGGACUUUGUGGAAUUACUGCAGCUAUUCUCGGGGCUCUUCAUGUUCGAUUCACUGAUAAAGACACGACAUAUUCGGAUAAACUACAUCUUAAUGCUCAGCUGAAUGGAAUCAAAAAUUAUGAUUUUACUCCAUUAGAUUGGAAUUAUCCCCUCGACUGGUCAGGUGGGAUCUUCGAUACCAUUUUAGCAUCUGAUUGUUUGUAUGAUAAGGAAGUAUAUGAACCGUUUUUGAAGACUGCAACUUUACAACUAAGAGUAAACAACAAUGCAUCUUUACUUCUUUCUUUCGAAAAUCGGAGUUCUUUUACAGACCUCUCAAUUUUGUUUAAGAAAUAUGGUCUCAAGGCCGAUGUUCUAACUACACCUAGUAAUUCGUUCAGAAAUAUCCAUUUAUUGCGUGUUACCUCUAGUCAGCAAUAAAAUAUCGUUUCGUUGUGUUUUUUGUGUAU